CCGCAUCGAUAACACACAACGACGGUGGAAACGGCGUAUUUUUUAUGCAUUAAAAAAAAAUUAUCCACAUGUAUAUGUAUGCAUAUGUAUGUGUAAGCGUAUUAUAAUAUGUUAUAUUAUAUAAUAAUAAUAAUUAUCAUGAUGAUAAUAAUAUUACGGUCGCGCGUGCAAUACCGUCGGACACCGCCGACGUACGAGUCGAACGCAAACGAGGAAACUCGGUACGUCCAAUACGUUUUUUUUCAUUAUAAUACCAGCUAUACCAUAUAUUACACCGGUGACGUGCCGGUGCAGACUAUCUCCUCAUCCGCCGAUUGCCGCUCGCCGAGUCCGUCAUCAGUAAAGGCAUUUGGAUCUCCGUCGGCGUGGGAUGUGUCGGGAAUUUAAGAAUUAAAGGAGGCACCCGAUGGGAAACGAAACUGAUGGGACUUCGAAGUUCAUCACUGGCCAAGAAAAACGACGAUACACUGACAUGGGUGUUGCACAGAAGAGAUCUUUGUCAACAAGUACCCGACCAGAAGCCUAAUGAAACGAAAUCGUACGGUGGUUCGACAUCGUCCGAGUAUCGAGGAAGAAGGCACAACAACCAUGUUCAGAGAAAAAGGAGAAACCACGUGCACUCAAACAUACUGGACUACGGCAAGCCCGAACAGACGUACGGCUACGGAAUAUCUGAUUUGGACGAUUUCCUCUCAAAAUCGUCGAUCGGUCGGCCGGGCAACAUACCGAUGGUGCUGUGCACGGGAUGUCUGCUGUACCAGACGCAGCUUGACGACCACUACCAGACAGAGGUGGCGCUACCGCUCGGCAUGGUGGUGAACGCGGUGUUCAAGAACGAGCAGUGGCUGUACGUGCAGACGCCGCACGCCGAAGAGGGGUACAUACCGUACGGCAGCUGCCUGCCGCUGGGAAUCGUGCCGCCACCGGACGCUGCCCGGGCGCCGUGCUGGGAGACCCAGUCGGACGUGUUUCCAAGACCGGUCGGGGACCGGCGCCGUCGCGGCCGCGGCCACAGGGGUGGCAGAGUCGGAGGCUUCGGCACUGGCGUCGGCGGAGGCGGUGGUGCUGACGAUUACGACGAAGACGACCAAGACAACGACGACGACGACGACCGAGACGUGGCCACAUUGCUGUUCCGGCGUCGCCACUGCGGACGGGGCCAGUCGUCACCGCCGCCGCCGCUCCGGCGACCCACUGCCGCCACUAGAUCCGUCACUGGUUACGGGUAUUUGUGACGCCAUCAUACAUGCAGUGUAAAUGAUUAUAAAAUUUAUUAUGGUGCCCAAUAUUGUGUAAACUCUGCUCGCCACUUAUUAUUAUAAUAUAUCAUAAUAUUAUGUACCUACCGUUCAAUAUUGUAUACCACCCGUCAUUGCUUCUCGAAAUCUCAGGGGUAUCAAAAUUUAGUGGUCCUAGGCAUAUUAUUAUCGUAGCGCCGAGGAGGUUAACAGUGGCGCCAUGGUUCAUCCGUUCUAAAAUCACUGCGUAGUCCGAUAAUAAUAUUGUAUUUUUAUUAGUUUUUUCAUUAUAUUAUUAUAUCAUUAUGACUCAAGUUACUGGCGGUAGACCUUAUACAAUAAGAUAGUAAUAUUAUUGAUGAUCGAAAUAAUAUGAAUGUGAUAUAAUAUAUAAAUUACAUAUAUUAUA